ACUGGUUAUUUUGCUGGCUCCAGUUUUUCCGCGGGGCGGAAAAGGCAUGUCUGUGUGUGUCCCAACCAUUUCUAGUCUUUCCUUGCAAGAACUCAUGAGUAAGCUGUGGCGGCGUGGGAGUACCUCUGGGGCUAUGGAGGCCCCUGAGCCGGGAGCAACCCUGGAGUUGAGCCUGGCGGGUGCCCAUGGCCAUGGAGUGCACAAGAAAAAACACAAGAAGCACAAGAAGAAACACAAGAAGAAACACCAUCAGGAAGAAGAGGCCGGGCCCACGCAGCCGUCUCCUGCCAAGCCCCAGCUCAAACUCAAAAUCAAGCUUGGGGGACAAGUCCUGGGGACCAAGAGUGUUCCUACCUUCACUGUGAUCCCAGAGGGGCCUCGCUCACCCUCUCCCCUUAUGGUUGUGGAUAAUGAAGAGGAACCUAUGGAAGGAGUCCCCCUUGAGCAAUACCGUGCCUGGCUGGAUGAAGACAGUAAUCUGUCUCCCUCUCCACUUCGGGACCUAUCAGGAGGGUUAGGGGGUCAGGAGGAAGAGGAGGAGCAGAGGUGGCUGGAUGCCUUGGAGAAGGGGGAGCUGGAUGACAAUGGAGACCUCAAGAAGGAGAUCAAUGAGCGGCUGCUUACUGCUCGACAGCGAGCUCUGCUUCAGAAGGCACGGAGUCAACCUUCCUCGAUGCUGCCGCUGCCGGUGGCCGAGGGCUGUCCGGCCCCCGCCCUCACAGAGGAGAUGCUGCUGAAGCGCGAGGAGCGGGCGCGGAAGCGGCGGCUCCAGGCGGCGCGGCGGGCAGAGGAGCAUAAGAACCAGACUAUCGAGCGCCUCACCAAGACUGCGGCGCCCAGCGGGCGGGGAGGCCGGGGGGCCGCACGGGGCGAGCGGCGGGGAGGGCGGGCCGCGGCUCCAGCCCCCAUGGUGCGCUACUGCAGCGGAGCACAGGGUUCCACCCUUUCCUUCCCACCUGGCGUCCCCGCACCCACGGCGGUGUCUCCGCGGCCAUCCCCCUCAGGCCCUCCUCCGCGCUGCUCUGUCCCCGGCUGUCCCCAUCCGCGCCGCUACGCUUGCUCCCGCACGGGCCAGGCACUCUGCAGUCUUCAGUGCUAUCGCAUCAACCUGCAGAUGCGGCUGGGGGGGCCCGAGGGCCCUGGAUCCCCGCUUUUGGCUACGUAAGGAGGCCCUUACCUAACCCGGACUCUGCGCCCUUUCCCAUGCCCGCUCUUCGAGUGUCUUCCCCACCCUAUUAAAUUUCAUCCGGUGCUU